GUACACAAAACUGGCUUAAUUUCUGCGCAUGCGUAACGUUGUAUUUAAGCUUCCGUGGUUACGCUCUAUUUUUCACAUACCGAGAGUCGAUUUGGGCCGGAUAAUAUCACGUUUUCAUACCUGUUAUCAGUGAUCCAAGAUUACCAGGAUGGUUAAACUACACAUCAAGAGGGGUGACGAGAGUCAGUUCUUGUUUGAGACGACAGUACAGCAGCCAGUAGAAGACCUAGUCAAAGAGCUUAUCCUGAUUCACAAUGGUAGACUCAAAGUGGAAAGAAUGUGUUCAGAAAUCAACGAGCUUGCUGAACAUGGAACCACUCUUCCUCCAAACAUGCAAGGAUUAGCCGAUGAUCAGAUUGAAGAUCUGAAGCUGGUCGAUGAAUGGGGGCAGAAGUGUGAACCAAGCGGGGGUUCAAUUGAAUGCAAAGAUCCUAUCAGCAGGAGAAAUGGCAAAGCUCCAAAUGAGAAAAUGAAGGAAGUUUUAACAAAGACAGCCAGUGAAGCCAAGAAGAUCAUUUCCAAAAGCCAAGCGUCUGCAAACGUGUGUGUUACGCAACCUAUGGUGAAGGAUGCCCUGGACCAGCUGAGGGGUGCGGUUACCAUUGUUUACCCCAUGGGUUUACCCCCUCACGAUCCUAUCAGGAUGGAGAUUGAAGGCAAUGAAGAGCUGGAUGGCACUCAGGCAUCUUUGACAGUACUGGAGGAAGAUAAUACUUCAUUGUGGUUCUCUGGUAAAGAGAUGCAUAGAGGAAAGAAGCUUUGUGAUUACGUUGGAAAGAAUGAAAAGACAAAAAUCAUUGCUAAAUUACAAAAGAAAGGAGGAGGUGCGCCAGCCAGAGAAGCUGUAUUCAGCGAGGACGAGAGGAAACAGAUGAUGCUACAUGCAUACCGCAAACAAGAAGAAUGGAAGAAAAUGCAAGAAGGGAAUGAGGAUGCGUAUCUGGACUCUCCUUGGGCAGAUUCCAGUCAGCUCAAGAGCCAGCUACAAGGGAUCAACAAUGUCAAGUGGGGACCUCGAUGAGCUUGACCUGACCCGACAUGACCUGACCUGACCUGCAUGAUCUGAAGCAACAUACACCAAUCACAAUCUGACUUUUACCAUGUUAUACUGGAGCAGACCACUGUGAUUCUGUUUCAGUUUAGGAAGUGCGAUGCAGGGAGGUAUAGUGGAUUCCAGUUUUAUGCAACAGGACAUUUAUGGAACAAACAAUUAGGACCUUUUAGCUACACGAUGACGGAGGCCACAGAUUCUUGAUUUGGAAAACUGGAAAGAUAUUUGACAGGCCAGUCUUGGGCACUAUCUUUGUUAUAAAGCCGAGGUAAUAAUAUCCAAAGUCCUUUGCAAGCGCAUGCCAUAGAGACGUUACAUCAUAAUGUGGUAUAUGCGCUAUACAGAAAGGGGAUAUUAUUAUUAUUAUUAUUAUUAUAAAAUACUAUGGAGUGAAAAGAUGAAUACAAGACAAAUGAUGUCGGCUUAUCUGAUGCUCUCUGAAGCGUUUAGAUAUUAUACGCAACAUUUGAAAAGUUGAGAAUCUGUCAUGUUGUGCUCAUUUUGACUGAUUCCAAUCAAUUAUGUGUCUUUCCUUUUUAUCUUUUUUAUUUAAUUUUUAAUUGAAUGAAUGUUUAAUGUUUUGUUGUUGUUGUUGUAUAUUCUAGUAUCCUUCCAGAGUUUGUGUAAUUUAUACAUGAACUGUCACUCUUCAUUGUACAUAUUUCAGCCAUAUGUUCAAUGCAUACAAAUUUACAUUGCCUACUUUAUUCACUGAGCGUCACUACACCGCAUUCGAUAUUUGUUGUAUAUUUUUUUAAUUUUGCAAACAAGUAUGGGAUAAGAUACACAUUAACUGGGGGGAUUAAGCAGAGUGAGGUCAAAAGUAAGAAGUUACCCGUAAUAAAAAGGAAGGCGAAUAUUCAACAACAAAAAAGUAUAGCAUUUUGUCUUUUCAGUAAAUUAUUUUUGUUUUUAAAUUUUAAUUUCAUCAUGAAUACCAAAGCAAGUAGGGUCUGGGUCAUGUGACAAAUAUGUUGUUGAAACCAUUUUCAAUUUUUGUUUUCUUCCCCCGUAGAUCUCAUUUACAUGCAUUACCGGUAAAAACAUGUGACCUCCAAACAGAUUUUAAGUUAAGUAUUCUGAUUUGAUUGAUGGAAUAAUCAGGGUUGCUGUAUGCUUCCAAAUGAACUACCCUGACAAUGGUUUGCCAGCUAUUUGAUGCAAUGUAAUUUGCCCUCUUAUAAAGAGCAAUGUACAUUAUGUUGACAAUUGUAUACGCACACGUAUGCAGUUCAUGAAAUUCUGUACUGAUCAAGGCAUCGAUAGAGGAGUAGAUGAAAUUACUUUUGUACAUGAAAGCAUUGUUCAAGUGUCAACAAGGUCAUUAUAUCAAUUCUUUGCAUUACAUUACAAAUUAAAGUAAUGAUUUAUUAAAUUCAAUUCAAUUUCGUUUUUUAUUGUAAAAAAAAGAAUGUGCAAAAGUCUGGAGACUAAUAUUUUUGUAAUUUACAGUAAAGUACAAGUAAAAAUGAAUUGAGGUAAUAAAAAUUUACAUUGACAAUUAGUAGUUCAUUAAUAAUGUGAACCCCUUUUCUUUGCCCUAUGUUAUGGCUAUGCUAUUAUGUAGAAACAUUUUUUAAAUUUUUUGUUGUUGAAAUAUUGUCACUUUAAUUGUUUGACAUACCGACUGAAAUGGGUUGUGAUGGAAAAAUAUAAAAACUUUGGAACAUGUCUUUCUCUGAAAAUAGCUGUUUUUUCUGCAAAUCCAUUAGCCCCUUCUAUGGAGUACAACAAUUGUUAGGACUUGCAAUAAAUAGAUAUGCCAUGCAGAGCUUGACCUCCA